AUUUAGCUGCGGAUGACAAAAUUAGUCGGAAAAUCUUUAGGAGCAUCGCGCCAUCAAUAUUUGGACAUGAUGAUAUCAAGAGGGCGAUAGCUUUGUCACUAUUUGGUGGUGUUCCAAAAAAUAUUCAAGAUAAGCAUAGACUGCGUGGAGAUAUCAAUAUUCUUAUGCUUGGCGAUCCCGGGACAGCCAAAUCUCAGUUUUUAAAAUACGUAGAAAAAACCGCCCAUCGAGCUGUUUUUACCACGGGACAAGGAGCGUCUGCAGUUGGUCUCACUGCGUCCGUUAGAAAAGACCCAAUUACAAGAGAAUGGACCUUAGAAGCAGGUGCCUUGGUUCUUGCUGAUAAGGGUGUCUGCUUAAUCGACGAGUUUGAUAAGAUGAAUGAUGCUGACAG